AUGGGGCCUCAGUCGAUCUUCAAGGCAACACUUGCUCUCCUUCUGUCAUUGAGCGCUUCCUUGGUAUUAGCACAGAAGGAAGAUGGCUACAUUGGCUACCACCUCGAGCACCGAGGCGAUCCCGAGUCAGCCAUCUACGAGACAGCCAACACGGAUGUCGGGGGAGUUCCUCUGUCUCCAGAUCCCGAUGUCUACCUGAAUGCGUCGGUCCACGUCGGUCUCAUCGACAUUGAGGUCGACAACAUUACUGCCAAGAUCAACCUUGACGCCCAAGUGCUGAAGCUGCUGCACUUCACCGCGGGAGUCGAUGCCUCGAUUGACCGCGUCAAACUGACGAUUGAGAACGUCAGCGCCAAGGUCGAGCUCGAGGCACGCCUGGAGAAUGUGGUCGAGAUGGUCAACGACGUCCUGCACUCCAUCGACCUGAACCCAAUCGUCGCCACGCUGGGCCAGAGCGUCAAAAAGAUCGUCAACAACACCGUCGGCGGCCUUACCGAGCCGGUCGACUCGUCCGGGAACCCCACAAAGACCACUGGCGCGGAGAAGCGCGACUUCGACCUUGGACACGACUACAACCUCGCGCACAACAUCCUGUACAGCAUCAAUGACUAUGAGGGCAAGACGCACACCAACCGCGUGCUGGCGCAGAACGGCACCAUCUACGACGUCUUCCUCAACAACAAUGGCGACGAGACGGGGCGUACCCAGGUCGGCUACUACUCCAAGGACAUGCACUUUGGGGAUCACAACCGCACCAUCUCGGUCGACGGCGAGCCCAAGGAGUACGAGAUGGAGUACAUCUACGCGCCAUUCCCCGGGCUGGAGGUGACGGCGUGGAUCUACAUGAACACGGCGGGCAAGAUCACCAAGACGCGGCUCAUCUCGGAGGCUACGGGUGGAGGCAUGAGCACGAUUAGCGAUGAUGAGGAGGAAGAGCUGAGGAUGAAACGGUCCGCGCAUAGCAGAAAUAGCUAG